CCCCUCCGUCAAGUCGCGCUGAAGUGGGUCGUUGGGGCGUCGAACUUAGGGGGCAUGAAGAGGGAAGCCCGCUUAUAUGAGAAAGAACUCGCGCCCCUCCAAGGCACUGUGGUUCCUAGGUUCUUCGGAUUCUUCAGAGGGUUCAUAGGCGACGUCGAGGUCGGCUGCAUUGUCCUAGAGUGGUGCGGCGGUGAACCGAUCAAAGAGAUGCAAGAACUCAAUCGACAGAGGAUGCUCGCAGGCAUCGCCCUGCACAAGGCUGGCGUUCAUCAUGGCGAGUUGCUUGAUAAGUCCCACUGGGUUCCUGUUGGGGAUGGCACACUUCGGAUCGUGGGGUUCUCGUCCGCCCAGACUCAUGGCUGCGCUGGGAUGACUGUGCUUUCUCGAAACAACAGUGGAGACCCACGCCCGAAAGCUAUUUGUAAAGAGCUCGCGGUGCUAGAGUCCCGAUUUGGAGUC